ACGCACACAUUAAAACGAGUCAUGGUGAUGUGUUUGCAGACCUAGCGAUUGGACGAGCGUUUCAUUAACAACGCCUUAGCGAUUAUUGAAGGUUGCGUGCGAACGACUGCGCAUGUUCCAGAGCCCACCUGCUUUGAAGUUGGUUCACAUGGUCUCCAGCGAUCGGCAGACUUUCCUCGUAUCUAACUAACAAGAUACUCCGCUGAGAAGGCAUCUGGGUGCAACAGACAACUGAAGGAAUCCUCGGGAGGGCUCAGUGCUCAGCUCGGCGCACCGAGACCACUUCAAGCAACCGAUACUUUAAACACCUGGCGUGGAAACUCCCUGCCUUAACAUUUCUGUCCCAGAUUUCAAAGGAAUCGCUAUGACAUCGACCCAUUGACAAGGGACGAAAAUACUUAAGUAUCAAAAAGUUCACGGUGAGGUUUGGGCAGCGAGAGCACCUGCAGUUCUUUGAUUUUUGUUGUGGUCGCUAUGUCUAAACCUGCGGAUCACGUUAAGCGCCCCAUGAACGCUUUCAUGGUCUGGUCCAGGGCGCAAAGGAGGAAAAUGGCCCAGGAAAACCCCAAAAUGCAUAACUCGGAAAUCAGCAAGAGGCUGGGUGCCGAGUGGAAACUUUUAACCGAAUCAGAAAAGAGACCGUUCAUUGACGAGGCCAAACGGCUCAGAGCAUUGCACAUGAAGGAGCACCCGGAUUACAAGUAUCGACCCAGGCGCAAGCCUAAGACGCUGCUAAAGAAAGACAAGUUCGCUUUCCCCAUGCCUUACCUGGCGGACCAGGAAGGACUGAAGUCCGCCGCCCUGUCCGCCAGCAUUCUGCCGGACUCCUUGCUCAGUUCGGCUGAGAAAGCCAGGCUUUUUUUCCCACACGUUGCAGCGAGCCCGUACUCACUCUUCGAGGCAAGUCACCUGGGGUCAAAAAUGAGCGAGAUUGCGCCCACUUCCCUGGCUUCCUUGCAAUAUGCCUCACCACUAGCUUACCAAAGUGGAGCGAGUGCUGCCGCGGCCGCUGCAGCCGCUGCAGCGGCCGCCUUUGGCGGGGCUCACACUCACACGCACCCGUCACCGGGCAAUCCUGGCUACAUGCUGCCGUGCAAUUGCACUGGCUGGCCGGCUUCAGGACUGCAGCCCCCUCUCGCUUAUAUCCUUCUCCCGGGGAUGAGCAAACCCACAUUGGAACCCUACCCUGCCUAUGCAACUGCAUUAUGACAUGAAGCAAAAAGUUUCUUUUAAAAGCAAGACUGUAUUGCAUUUAAAGGAAAAGUAAUCAACGACUAAAGGUAGUUUGCUGACAGCUAUGGUGUGCGAUGGUUUGGAAUAAAUAACUUCUCAGACAAUUGUUCUCAAAUCAUUGCCUGUCCAAAUCUUUUUGGGAAGACAAGGAACAACUGUAAUUGUUUGCAAAACAGACCACUGACCGCAACUAAAGCCCCUUGUUCGACUGUAUUAAUGUAUUUCGAAAAUUGACGAAUGAAUUAGAGGGAACUGCGCUAUCAAAUCCAUCAAAAGGGUGCGAAAACGCCAAGGAAAUACUAUAAAUGUACAAAAACAGUUGCAGUGGACGAAUUAUUGAAUGUUUCAGACAAUUAGAUUCAGCCCUGGAAGUUUCACUUGCUCAUCUAUACUGUACUUCGGCAGAAUCUAAUCUAGAGACAUUCAAUCAAAUUGUAAAUAUGUGUAAAAAGUCACGGUUGCCAUGUUUAUAGUUGUGCAUACAUCAUGAAACGCGUGAAAAACGAGCUGGACAAGCAUCCGCGAAACAACAAGAAAGGACUGUACAUUUGUAAAUAUUGUAGGUUUUAUUUUGGGUUUGAGACCUAGUAUUUCCUUCAUUCGUCUUGCCAAAAGCGAAUUGUAGAGCCGAACCUACGCGAACAACUAUACACGUUGAUGCACAUUGCCGAAAAAUCUAAACCGGAUUGUAAAUUUGUACAUUUCAGUAUUCACUGUUGCAUGCUUAGUGUUCAUUUUGUAAUAUUUUCCCCUCACACGACCUUCGGCUUGGGCUUCUUGGGUUUAAUAUAAACUCACCAGAAUAUAUGACCAAUCUCUGGAGCAGCAAAGUAAGAUAUCGAAAGGGAUCAUUUCAGUUUGAGCAGUCCUGUGCUGACUGUCUCAUAUUUGUAUUUAUUGCCUAGAUAGACGAUUAUUUUUGCAUUUUACCCCUCGGAUAUUGGACUAUCUUAUGUCCUUUCGAGUAAUGUUUGCACAUUAAAAAUGUAGUAUCCGAGCUCAACGGUUUGUGUAAUGUAACGAACAGACAAAAAACAUGCAAAUGUAGAAAUAUACAUAAAUACACGUGCACUAUAGCAGAUGGAACGCUAUUACAGUUGAAAGUUCUUUAUUGGAGUGCUGUGUGGGACACCGCAGAGCGACCUCUGACACUGCCAUCUAGUGCUAUUCUUCGUAUUCUUAUUAGUAUUAGUACUUCCGAGUCAUAACAAUUAUGGAAUCUAUGUUAUCUCGAAUUUAAAAUGGCACAUAACUUUGACGAUUACGAGUUAAAGAUAUGUCUUUGAUUGACACUGAUCUGUUUGGAAACAUAAUUAGUUUUUAUCAACACAUCAUAUUAAGACGUCGGCAAUCUUAUAUAACAAAAACAUAGAUGUUAGCUAAUAUCUGUGUGGAGUCUGGCAUCUGUUUAUUCCCUUGCUGGUUUACAAACAGCGAUGCAUAACGCCAUUGCCGUAAAAUUAUUCUUCAUGGGUUUUUUUAAAGUCCAAAGGAUUUCAAUAUAACUGUCACGUUGUUUGCUGUAAUGUGUAACUCAAAUGUUGAAGUCACAGCAUGUUACUUCACACCAUUUUGGCAUUUCUGUAAUAGAAAAUACUUUUUUAAUUAUGCAUUUGACGAAUCUUUAUGAAGUUUUAAAAAGUGUAAUAUGUUGGUUUUUAAUUUAACAGUAGACGACGAACAUUCCUGUAAAAUUUUGGGUCUGAUUUCUACCCUGUUUAUUUCUUGAACACGGGGUUUUAAUAAAGAAGAAAAUAGAGAGAAAAAAAA